AAAAGCUCAGGGGCGUGACCAGACCCUAUCCUGGGGAGAGUAUAUAUAGGGAAGCCAAGCGGCCUGGGUAGACCCCUGGGAAGCGCUGACAUAGCAAAGAUGACUGGGAAAUCACAAGUGAGGAUGACCAGGAAACCACAAACCUCCCGUGGCACAGGCAUUAAACAACAAACCACAAACGUCAAAGUGGGGAAGAAGAGGAAGGCCCCUCGUCAACCCAGGUCCAGAGGCAGCUUCAAGGUGCCCAAGGUAACCAGGAAGGCAAAAGAACCCCUUGGAGGGACUUUGAGGAGAAAGGCUUCUCCCAAAACGACCACCCCUUCGAUUAAACCCAAGGAGGGGAGAGGGCCAACACUGUUCGACCCUAGUCACCGGCUGAACGAGGAGCUCAGUCAAAAUGAGCCAGAGCAGGCCCCAGAGAGCGGGGGGAGCUCCACCACCUCAAGUGUCACCCUCAGCAGUCGGUAACUUCGGAGUGAGGCCAACGACCUCAGACCUAUCUGCGAAGUCUCCGGAAGUCUGGCUGCUGGGACAUGGCCAACCAUGUGGAGGAAGAAUUUUUCACUAACCGGGUACACCGUGGCGAUGAAAAUAAAAUCAACCACUUGUGAAAUGA